AUGCACGCAGCGAACUCAGGGGAUUCACUCAUGCAUGCAAGAAUGCUAGCAACAAUGGGCGCGAAAGCGAGGUUUCGAAGAACUAGGCUAGUCUUGGCUUCCACCAGGCGAGGGCGAAGCAACGAGGGAUUCACUCAGGAGCUCAAUCGAGGGUUAUGGUUCACCCGUAGGUAUCGACCCGGAGUUCAGGCGUUUCCCAGUCUUAUUGAUCCCCCGUUCUCCCGUAGACUCGGAAAGUCGCUACCAAACUACAGUAGUUACACGACUCGGAACGGCGGGAUACCCAUUCACAACAAUCGGAACGUGGAGACAAAGGUCUGCGGUACACUCUCCCGAUCUGCCAAAUCAAUUAUCAAGUACGGACAUUUUAGGUCAGUUUUGGACAAAUCUAUCCUUUUGGUCAAGAGUUUGGAAAAGGGCUUCAUCUUUUGCGCGGUUUUGGACAAAGGACUUCACCGAUAG